AUUUUGAUGGGUUUUAACAAGUUUGAUAAUGGGUUAAUGGAGAAUCUUCUAGUCUCUAUCAAAUUGCGCAAUUAUCAAGCUUCAAUUUGUGUAGGGAUAGUCAGAAAAAUGGGUUCCAAUGAGGCAUGGGAAGUAGAAAAUGGAAUCGUUAUUGACUCAAGUGAUGAGCCAAGACCAAUUAAGACUGCACAUAGGAUAUCUUCUUCUUCGCUUAGGAAAAAGUCUGAUCGGUCCCUGGGAUUGAACAUCAGGCCUUUGUUGCUUAGGAGAAUACUGAUUAAUCUUCAAGAGGUUAUCCUUGGAACGAAGAUUUCUAUACUUUUUGUGACCAUUCCAUUCGCCAUUGUCGCCAAAUAUCACAAUUUUGGAAGACCUUGGGUCUUUGCUUUGAGUUUACUCGGAUUAGCGCCUUUAGCAGAGAGAGUUAGUUUUCUUACUGAGCAAAUCGCAUACUAUACCGGUCAAACAGUUGGGGGACUGUUAAAUGCAACUUGUGGGAAUGCAACAGAACUUAUAAUUGCUAUAUUCGCGCUCUAUCAGAGAAAGAUUUCCGUGCUGAAGUACUCUCUUUUGGGAUCAAUUCUUUCAAACCUUCUUCUAGUUCUUGGUUCUUCUUUGUUUAUUGGUGGCAUUGCCAACCUUAGCAAGGCACAAAGAUUCGAUAGGAAUCAAUCUGAUGUGAAUAUACUUCUUCUCCUGCUUGGAGUUCUUUGCCAUGCACUGCCAUUAUUUUCUCAGUAUUCGAAAGCGACUACAGGGACGACAUCUCCUGCCGAUUCCAUACUCUUGCUAUCGAGAGUGAGUAGCAUUGUCCUGCUUGUGGCUUAUAUUGCAUAUCUGUUUUUUCAGCUGAAGACCCAUCAGCAGUUGUUUGAUUCAGAAGAGGAACCUGAUGAAGAUGGCGAAAAUGAAACAGCAGUGAUCGGUUUUUGGAGUGCCUUUAGCUGGUUGGUGGGCAUGACAGCAGUGAUAGCUUUGCUCUCUGAAUUUGUUGUGGGCACAAUUGAGGAUGCUUCCAGUUCUUGGGGAAUUCCAAUUAGCUUUCUUAGCAUAAUUUUACUUCCUAUAGUAGGGAAUGCAGCAGAACAUGCAGGCGCAGUCAUAUUUGGUUACAGGAAUAAACUAGACAUAUCGCUUGGAGUUGCCUUGGGUUCUGCCACCCAAAUUUCAAUAUUUGUGGUUCCUUUAUGUGUGAUCAUCGCAUGGAUAAUGCAUAUCAAGAUGGACCUCAGCCUUAGUCUCUUGGAAACUAGUUGUUUCGCUCUCUCAGUAUUCGUUACCGCCUUUACUUUGCAGGACGGAUCAUCGCAUUACAUGAAAGGAGGCGUUCUUCUGCUUGCAUACAUGAUUAUAGCAGCGAGUUUUUUGAUACUUCCAUCGACAACAGAUGAAGCAAAUCUGAUCGGAGCAGGAUUUCAAUCAUCAAUUGGAUUUUUCGCGGCAUAAUUAGUGAGAUGUGUGAAAUAAAAGAUGAUUAUCCUUGUAAAUUUUAUAAUUCUUUGAAAUUGAAUACCAAAUCUGAGCAAGUUUCUUGUGUAGAUAUUUUAUGUUUCCCAACGAAAUGUAAGCUGCUAAAGCUUGUUUUAUUUGAUAAUGUAAUGUAAGAUGAAGGGAAUCAAAUGAGUAUGAUUAUGAAGUUGCUCUUUGUGGAGUUGUAGUUGUAGUCGUAGUUGUAGUUGUAGUCUGUAGGGUAUCCAAAUAUAAUGUAAGAUUUGUUUAAGAUACUUGUACAUUAUUUUUAUUUAAAUAAAUACAAAAACAAAAAACAUUGCAUUCUAAA